AUGUUGCAAUCGUAGCUCAUACACAGUCGGUCUGUGGAAAUUUUGAAAAAGUAUAUUUUUGCCAUAGUCAUCUCCUGUCGCACUAUUAACUGUUGGUAGUAGAGGAUUAAUUCUUUGUCAUUGACCGCCAAUGAACAUAUUUUCCAAAUACUUACCAACAAUGCAAACUCCUCGCUUUCCUGUUAACACGACGUGCUCACUAAAACUUUGCUGGGAGAGCGAUCUAGUGGAAGCAUUGGUCAGCUGCCUCCAUUUAGCCAAAGAAGAGUAUCGCAUUCGCAUCGGAUUUGAGCGUUGUCUCAAUUAUCUGGAAGUGUCACCGGACUCUGUCCUGAUGUGCAUUCAGGCACUGGGUGCGGAUAUGAAAGAUCCACUGUCUCACAUGCAGCUUUUGCUGAUUGAGGCCUACUGUCAAGAAAACAAUAUCCGCGUUCUUAAGUUGGUGUGCCAAGAUAUAUGGGAGUUGAUAGACAUGAAGUCAGCGGAAUACUUUGAGGAAUACAAUGAUGGGAUUGAGGACAGCAGCGAAAUUGGUGAUGAUAACAUCAUGCUGAUUCAGGCUGCUGCGAUUGAUCACAUCGAGGACGAAGAGUUGCGCAAGUUCUAUGAUCUGGCUGCUCUGCACUGCCAUGCGCGUCCCAUUGUGCGCUUACGGAGCUAAUGCAUCCCCUCUGGCCGAUGAGCGCUCUAACUUUCUGAAACCCUUCUGGAAGAAUUUCGUGCAGUUUUUCUCCAAUGAAUUCAAUGCAAUUCAUUAAUGCCUACAAUUUCGUAACUUAAUGAUGGAAACUCAAGAUUCAUUUCGAAGAGACCGGACUGACAGUUUUGAUCGGUUAAUAAUUCGAAGAGUCUGGAGUUCAACUUUUAAUUCGGAUUUUGUCCGGAAGCUGAUGAUUACCCGACGCCUGCAUGGCGAAUAUGCGGAUGGUUUCGUCUCAGUUUGGAUUAACAAAAUGAAGUUGUAACUGGAUGAUUUUCUAUGUCGCUCUAGCUGGGUUGUGUGGUUUUGAAGCAUGCCGGUAAAUAAAAGUGAAAGUUUACCGUAUUUUGUCAAGUCCAUUACGUCAAGUUAUAGCAUAGUUUGUCAUUCAUGGUUUUAUUUUUGGGUUUUUUAAGCAUUUGCAACCUGUUUUUGUACUUUUGUGGUACAUUUCAAGUUCAUCACCAUUUGACUCCUUUUGAAACUGUUUUGGGUGUGUCGUUUGCAAUUUUGCAAACGGAAUUCCAUUCGAGUUUGUGCAGUCGGAAAUAAAUGAUGUCAUCGCUACA